CAUCCACCUCAUUCGCAGAGACUAUACGAGACGCGCACUCAUUCUGCGAACACACCAUACAGAUCGGAGAAACCGAGGUCCUCCGCGAGCAACUUCCAGAAGGUUCCAGAAUCCAGACUCGAGCAAGAGAGAGGGGUUCCGAUGGCGCUGCAGUGGAUGAUCCUGGCCUGCGUGGUGGCGGCGGAGGCGGCGGUGGCCGCGCUGCUCACGCUCCCGGCGCCGCGGGCCGUGCGGGCGCAGAUCGUGGGGCUCACCUCGCUCAUCCUGCAGCCCGUCGCCUGCGUGCUCCCCUUCGCGGCCUUCCAGCUGCUCGAUAUCUACUGGAAGCAGGAGCACAGGCUGACGUGCACGACGGAGGUCUGCACCGCCGAGGAGCGCGUCCGCUUCGAGAAAUCCAUUUUCAAAGCCCAGAGGAAUGUCAUACUUUGUGUUUCAGCAGUCCUCCUUUAUUGGUGCAUUUACCGUAUCUGCAAGAUCAACAAGGAUAUUAAGUCACUGGAGGAGGUUGAGAAGCGCAUCAAGGAAGAGUAGACUCAUCCUAGUUUGUGAUGGAUUUUGUGUAUUGUGGCCUUCAGCAGAUGUAUCCGGACUUCAGGAUAUGCAGUGUAUAAUUUGUUCUCCUUCGAGCAAAUAGCAUGUCACCUUGUUCGACACUUGGCACCCUCUUUUCUUAUGACGGCUGUUUUCUCUAUGUAACUUCUGAUGAUGACUACGAAGACAUUUAAAUAUUGCCAUAUGGGCCAUCCUUGAA